AUGGAUCCUGACGACCUAGUAAAACAUACAAAGAAGCUCCACGACGUAGCCGGCCAUGCGUACAACAAACGUGUGGCUUUUCAGUCAAUCGCUUCUGAUCGCCAUCGAAAAGUUCUCGACAGCGCUAUCAGGAAUGUCCUCGGUACAGAACUAGCGAAAUUUACCUACGCACAGAUUAUUGAUGGCCUCCCAAUCGCGGAUGUUGCCUUCGAUCGACGAAUCACUGGCAUUGGAGGAGAUCACCCUAUUGAUGAUCAUGAGACGUUGUGCCCCGGAGCCUUGGAGUUGGCCGAGGAAUAUUACCAAGAGUGGGAACCUGCAAAGCUCAAGUUUAAUCCUGACACGAUCCGGAUCUUUGAAACUUCCAAGCCCGGCUCGAAGGCUUUCAGUACCAUGCUUGUAGAGCUGGUAGCCGUUUCUUUACAUCAGAUUGCUGUGCUGCUAUUCAAAGCGGACCACCGACUACACGAAGGUGACAUUGAUGCUGUCACAGACUGGAGACUGCCCCUGGUCGGCGACAUGCUGGACAUUCCUUCUGGACCUACUCUUUUUACCCACCACGGGUACCAAGAUGAUGAUAUAUAUCCUGAGGGUGUGGUAGAUAUGGUCGGUUACUGGGCCGAAGAUCGAAUAUUGGGUGGUGUAGCUGUUUUCGAACGACGUCCCGCCGACUUGAGUGAGAUUCCUAACAUCUACUUCCAUUCCUGUCGUAAAUGCCAAACAAUACGGGUCUAUCAACUUCGAGAUGAACAGCAGCAAGCCCUAUUUGACCUCCUUCUUCAGGAAGAAGGGGCGUCAUUGCCAUCACCACUUCCAAUACUAUCAGACAAACACAAUCGUGUACGCGUUGAUGCACCGAGGGCACUGACGCACCAUCAUAUUUAUAGAGAUAUUUGGGAACGAAAACCUCUAGAUAUCUUCCAAUGGCGGAUCUUCAACAAGAGACCGCAAGAUGAGAUAGACUACCCAGAGAUUGGGGAAACGAUUCGACGGAUCAAUACACAGCUAGGGAUCCCUCUACCUCGACCUCGUCCACGUUCUCUAUCACCGCCAGCGAGUGCUGAAGACGAGAAGAACUAUAGAGACAGGGAAUAG